GGUGUUGUAGUAUUUCAGUUUUGCUCAAUUCCAUUGCUAUUUACGGUUUGAAGUACCGGUAGGCUAUGAAACGUAGACCAUGUCAUAGUUAGGACCGCAUCAAAUAUCCUGACCAUGGAAUUUGGUGCAUCAUCCAAUGGUAAUGGUGAUAAUCCUUCUUGCGAGAAUGCAGGGCAUUAUGCACGAAUCAAAGAGUUGGCUGCCUCCUAUCGCAGGGAAAAGAGGAAAACCUAUCCUAAAAAGAACUUAAAGCCAUAUGUGAAGGCUCCAUCCAGGGACAUCAAUGGUGCUAUAGAUGGUCCAUCAGUUCCCAGAAGAGAAAGAAAAGGGAAGAAAACCUCAACGACAGAGAAACUAAAGGAUUUUCCUGAGGAAUUGCUACCAAGUAAUCAUGAAGUAGAAAUCGAUGCACCUUUCGAUUUUCAAGUGUUCCAGCAAGUGAGAGCUGAACUUAUGGAGCUUCUGAAUGGGAUUCGGGCUUCCAAUAGUACUGAAGUGCCAGGCACUGAAUCUGAAUGGAAGAAAGGCAUUUUGUUGCGCAUGCUGACCGGAAGCAAAGACAAGAGGAGAGUUGGGAGGAGGUGCGGGAGCCAGUAUUGAGGUCAAUACUUAGGAAAAUGGGAAAACAUAGUUCAUCAUGUGCAAUUUGUGUCUCAUGUGCGUCGUCAGCUGUUAUCAGAUGCUUCAAAGAGUUGGGCUUCUCUACGAAAGCGUCUUGAAAAGGAGAGAAAGCAACUUCAGCAUUGUGUUACACUGUACAAUUCAAAAGCAGACUGUCAUGUUUCUGUGGACGAAGUCACGCAAGAGGACUAUUUGUUGCCUUGGCAUAAUCCUGCAGGGAACAAGGGAGAAACAUUUGCUUUGAAGAAGAAAAUAGUUGAUAUACAUGAACACAUGACCAGGUACAUCGAGGAAUUGCCUGUGCUCAUUCAAGAGAUGGUAUCAACUGUUCUUUUCUUCAAGAAAAAAACCAACACCUUGGAAGACGGAAUCAACACCGUGAACAAUGAGGCCAUCAAAAACCAAGAAAACCAUGGAUUGGUGAAGUUGCUGCUGGAAUCAAAGGAAUUCUACACAGACCUUCUCCUAGAAGCAACAGAUGUAUUUGAAUGUAUAGACACUGACAUAGAGAUCGUGGUGGAUUUUGAGGAAGGGGAGGUGCAACCUGGUGGUGAAGAAUCAAAUUCGGAGGAGGAUGCGUCUAGCUCUGAGGAGGAGGAUUGUGAUGACAUUGGCAUUGAGUACGUGUAAUUAACCCUUUGAAGCCGGAUUUAUUUCAGAAAUCCCGAUCUUUUUCGACUUGAUUUGAUAUAAGU